AUGAAAAAAAAUGCAUACCUCAUCCUGGUUUACGGUAUUUACUCCAUUAUCAUGUUUUCUCUGUCCCUGAGAAUGCAAAAAAAUAUAUUCAAGUACAUAACUCCCAUUUCGAAGAGACUGAAUUUAAGCAAGUUUCGGAGAAUCAAAAUUUUCAGGAGGAGAAGUCAGCGCAAGAGGGUGAACGUCUUCAACGAUGUUGUGAAUAAGUAUAUAGGACUGGACCUGUUCUUCAAAAAACUGAACGACGUAACGGACACCCGGCAAAAGCUCAACUACAUAAACUUCCUGCACAAAAUUGUAGAAGACAAGACAUGCGAGCACCUGCUCUUCUCCAACAAUCACAUCAGGACAAUUAUAUACAUCCUGAAUGAGAGAUUUUUAAUCCUAAAAAAAAAUGAAGAUAAAAAUGAGCCAGUCGAUUAUCAAAUCAUAUACAAACUUUUGCUCAUUUUUAACAAUUUGUCAAAACAUAAAAAUUUCUACCGAAUUAUAGUUAACGAUUUUACACAUAAAAAUGUGAAAAUUUCUCUUCUGUAUAUUAUUAUGAAUAUACUGAAUGAGAAGGAAGAGACAAAUGAGACGUAUAAAGAAGCCAACUCUUUUUUUAGUUAUUUCAUAUCCCUUUUUAAGAACAACUCAGAUGGAGCGAAGGGUCAAGAUGUAGAAGACGCCUCUGAAGGGGGAGAAGCCAAAAGCGCAGGUGGGAAGAACCAAAUAAAAAAGGAAGAUAUAGAAGAAAUGAAAAAUAAAAUAGUUUUUCUAGGGAAACAUAUACUGCUAAAACUGAAGGAGGAAAAAUUGAAGGAAGAGGGGAAGGCCCGAAGAUAUGGCUUAACUGAUCAUGGAGAAGUCCCUACCAGUGUGCCAUACGUAGAAGGGGAUUUUCCUGCAGAGGAUGCUGAUCACACAUCGCAGAAAAGUAGUAAAGAAUAUGCCAACAAUAUACAUGAUGGUGUAAGUUCCCAGUUUGACCAGAACCGCACCAUGAGGGGGGAAUCCCCCACUGAGGAAAAUAAAGAAGGGGAAAUAUUUGACCCCACAAAAGAGGACAACCGAAUGGAGAGCCCUAAAAAGGACAGUUGGGGGGGGUACAUUGCCGGACAGGGUGAUCCUCAUAAGGAGGAGAACUCCCUUCCGGGUGACAUGGAAGCCGAAGAGAUGAACGGUGCACAAACGAUAGGCGCCACCACAGAUAACGUCCUCUUCGUCCCCUUCUACUUCAACAAAAACGCAAAGGAUAACAUUCUAACCAGCGUGCUAGUGCAGUUCCAAAACGAAAAUGAUGUGAUCGUUUAUAAGAGGAAGGCACGUGGGGGGAAUCAAGAUCAAGCAAGUGAACAACCCUCCGUGGAUAAACUCAGAAAAAAAAACAUCCUAAAUAAAUCAGACGGCGUGAACAACGUGAGCAACACAAUCGAAUGGAUAGGAGACGAAUACAACUGCAACAACUAUUUUGACGUUUACGAAAAUUACGCAGAAGACGAUGUAGACAUAUUGAAGUAUGAGAAGAACAAUCACGGGAAGAGGUUCCACAUUAGGGAAAGCAGAAUCGACAGGGACGCAGGGGGUGAAGACAAAACGAAUGCCGUGGAUGAUGUGCAUGAAGAGGGGCAACAUGUGGAGGACGAAGUGGAAAGCGAAGAAGUUGACGCCGAGGAAGGAGAACAACCUGAAGCAGUAGAAGAAGAGGAAGAACUAGAAAAUCAAGAAGACUAUGAGGAAGAUUUACAAAACGAUAAAGAAGAAGAGAAGGAGGAAGAUGAAGCAGAAUUUGACGUAAAAAAAGUUAACGUCGUUUUGAGUGACUACAAUGUGGAUAUUAAAGAUGUGGAAAAUAACCCAGAGGUUAAGGUCAAUGGGGGUGUAGAAAAUAAAACCCGCUUCCUAAAUAUGGGCUUACUAAUAUUGGUAAGGAAAAAUGAAAACAGGAAAGAAGACAGAUGGGCUAGGUUGAAUAUGCCGGGGGAUCCAAUGGGGAGGGAAAUAUAUGGACCUCCCGAAAUGGAGUCAAACGCUCCUUCUAUGAACAGUGAUAACAUUGCGGCGGAUACCCCAUAUGAUGGGGGCAACACACCGACAGAGCAGAUUUGCAGAAACGGAGAACCUCAAAAAGGGGUGGCACCCGUGGAGGGGUACGAAGAAAUAUACGUGAAACGCAAAGAAGGGGGAGAUGCACCAAAACCGGACAAAUACAUCCUCACAGGGUUCAUACAGUUAAACAUGGAUUUGAUGAAAAAUUAUAAAAUAAACAGUGAGGAUAAGGAUGGAGGGGGAACCACCCCCCUGCAUGUUAACAACCCCUACCUGAAUUUCUCCCUCGUGGAAAAUUACAUCGAAUCUCUAUUCAAACACAUCGACCUGAAUGACUACUUCACAAACAAGCUACUAAAAUUGUUAUAUGAAAUAUUGUUGGAAAAUAAAAAUUCAGUCGUGUACAAUUUGUACUACUACACGAUUAUGAAAAAGGACAACAUGAAUAGGAUUAUAAAAAUACUGUCCAAAAAUGUGCAGAAUAAUUUAAACCGAGCAAAUAUCACGCUCAUCCUGAGGAUCCUCUACAUCCUCUCCUUUCAUCAAGCGUUCUACAGAAGUGGAUUAAGCAGCCUAAGGAAAAACAAAAAUUACACACUUCUGUAUGGAAAUUUGGCCAAAUAUAUAGAAGACAUAAAGGCUGGAAGCUUUAUCAAGGAGUUACAAAAGUGGGAUAAAUUAAUAGAUUGCUUAAAAACGUUAACGCUCUUUUUCGAAAGUAAGUACACAAAUCAGAACUCGCUUUACAUAUCUGAUGAGAAGAAGGAGCAGUUUCUUUUGGAUAAUAAAAUUUUAAAAAAAAAAUUAAACAACAUUUAUAAUAGACAUUUUAUUUGUGAAUACAAAGAUCUGAUCAUCAUUCGGAAAACGAACAUUUUGCUAAAGGCGCUUGGGGUGAAUAUGUUCGACCUGUACAAUAAUAUAGUCUUUUCGGACAGGGAAAAGAAACCCCAUGAUUAUUUGAUGAAGGAAGGUGAACAGCGGAGGGGACUCUUCCACCAUUUGGGGAAUGCCCUUUGGGGAUAUUUUUCCAAAGUGAGGAGGUACAUGGGGAAGCAAGGUGUGGAUGAUUAUCCCCCCGUGGAAGAUUCCAAGAGGGGCGGCUCCAUUGGGGAAAGCGGUGUAACUGACCGGGUGAGUAACCGGGGAAGUGCCCUCCCCGCUGAGGCACAAACGCAGAACGGAAGCAACCCCGCUAAGGAUACACAGGAGCAAAAAAACAGGAAGAAGCGAACAUACAUAUACGACCUGAACAGCAAGGAACACAUAAGUAUGGACAAAUUUAAAAACCUAGUAAUCGCAUUGAAGAAGAAAAAAAAAAGAAAGUUAAGGAUCUUAUGUCUAGACGGAGGAGGCAUGCGAGGGUUACUCUCCAUAGAAAUAUUAAAAUGCAUAAAUAGCCAUUUGAAAAAAAACAUAUUUGAAUAUUUUGACAUUAUUUGUGGUACCAGCACAGGGGCCAUCAUAUCCAUUCUGAUCGGCCUGGAAAAGGCCCACUUAAAUGAAGUCGAAUUUUUGUACAAUCUUCUGAUUAACAAAAUUUUUCAAAAAGAUACUUAUGCAGUGAGGAACACAAGAUACCUUUUUAAGCAUUCCUACUAUGAUGCGAACAUACUGAGCAAUAUUUUAAAUUCCUUUUUUAAAAAUAUGAGAAUGUUUCACUACAAUGCGGACUUUUUCACGCCCUACGUUUUUACCGUGUCGACGCAGAUGAAUGUCACUCCUCUGCAACCUGUGAUAUUAAAAAAUUACACAGCCAAUUUGGGGAAAAUUAAAGGGGGUAAAGAGGCAGAUGUGUGUGACGGUCAUACGUCAAACAAUUAUGAUUAUAUCGGGGAGAGGGAAGAGCAGAAUGGGGAGGACGACGAAAGGUGGACACAUGAGAACAGUAACCAUGGAUUGGACGAUCAGCAAAACGAUGCAACAGAUACGAACGAAACGAAAUAUGUGAACAUUUCAGACAAAGUGAACACCCACACGAGUGACAUCUACGUGAACCAAAACAUAAACAGCGUCAGUAUUUAUAAAAGCUUCUACAACAUUUUCGUAAAGUACGUAUUGAGGUGCACCACGGCCGCGCCCGGGUUUUUUAACUUUUUCUCCUUUGACAGUAACAUAUAUGCCGACGGAGCGAUCUGCUUUAAUAACCCCACCCUGGUCAGCCUAAACGAAAUGAAAUUAAUUUUUUACAACUAUCUGAACAGCCGGAAAGAGACCCUCCUGGACAGAGUAAAAUGCUUUUUCUCCAAAAAGAAAGAAUUAAUAGAGGAAAAAAAUAAAGCAAUCAAUCUGAAUGACUACAUUGACUGUAUCGUAAGCGUGGGCACUGGAAAAUUUAAACCAAAAAAUAUAAACGAACUGAACGAAAACAAAACGUCGGAUACAUUCCUCCGAUGGGAUGUUCUGUUAAAACAAAUUGUGUAUUCAAUCACCAAUACGGAGUUGACACACGAUAUCUGCAACAACGUUUUGGAUAAAAAUAAAUACUUCCGAUUUAAUUGUUUUAUUAAUAAUAUAAAAUUGGAUGAAACAUCUCCAGAAAUUAUUAACAAAUUGAAGCAAAUUGGGAAACGAUACUUCGAAGAUCAUACAUACAAUCAGAAGAAGCUCAUCCAAUUGGUGGACAUUUUGGAGGAUAGUCGAGAUGUGAAGGAGUACCAACAGAGGCAAAAGAAGAUAUGGGGAGAGUCCUACCUCGAUAAGGUGAAAUCCAAAAUUUCUGGUUUCCUUUUCCCCAAUUGGGGGGCAGUGGACCAGCUUGCAAGCAACGAUCAAAAGGGGGGACAAGUACCCUCUUCAUCUGACCCAAUCAGCGCAGAGAAAACAGGCGCACAGUCCAAUACGCAAACGAACGCACGUAGCUCCACCCCCUAUCGAAACUUCAACUUUGGCCUCGUCGACGAAGACGAAAAGUUUGACCUAAACAACAUCGAAGAAAUUCUAGACAUCAUAAACAAAAGUAACAACUCUGGUAGCAGCACAAGUACAGGCACCUCAAACGGCUUCUUCCACUAUUUCACCAACUUCUUCCAAAACGAUAAUAAAUUUUUAAAGAAGCUGGAGAGUGUACAUAAGAAUAAUUUCUUCAGUAGAUCCAACAGAGAAAAAAACAACUACGUCAAUGUCGUACCCCUUACAGGAAUUCGAGUUUUACUAAACGAAAUUUAUUUUAUCCUUUUGAAAAAAAACUUAUAUUUUCAUACCGAUGAAUGCUUCUCUAAUGUGGAAGAAUUGAGUAAAAAAAAUUACGACAUCAACAUAGAUAAAAUGAUUCCAUACAAUGUGGCCACCUCCCAAGGGGAAAAGGGAAUCGCUGAUCAACCCAACACCGUUGGGGACAAGACACAAGUACCGGAUGGAAGCGUCCCGUCAGAGGAUUCCCCCACUAAUGAAAAAAUUUCAACAAGUGAAAACCAUCCGAAUGGUACACAGAGAAAGAGGAGUGCGAACUUUUCUAAGGACCCCCCACCUGAUGACGACCUAGACGAAGGUAAUCAUCCACAUAACCCUAAAGGGCCAUCCAAUAAUCCACCUUCGAAAAAAACUCAUGACUCUAACAGUUCACCUUACAAUGGAAAACACACAAGUUAUGAAGACGGAGGAAGUUACUACCAAUCGGAAGGCACACAAAAAGACGACCCUCUACGUGAGACACUUGUAAGGGACGAAAAAAUAAACACGUCCGAUAUGGUGGAUAAUUCAGCCAUAAAUAAAAAAAGAAUUCUCAAAAGGGAUGUAAAUAUGAACCAGAUAAACUACAAAUUUUUUAAAUCCAUGAACACAGAAUCGACGGAUGGGAAGAAGCAGAAUAUAAUAAACUUAUUGCGAAAUGUAUUUUUUAAAAGGGAAGCGUAA